GAUCGAUUGUAGUUUUUGUUGUUGCUUCGUGUCUCGUAACCUGAAAUGGCCUUGAAUAACACAUUUAUUUUGGAAGAUGUAACCGGAAGUUUUUAGUGGUUGGUUGAUCUGACUACGGACAGACUUGGCUAGAGAGCAUAUCGUGUUUAAUUAUGCUUUAUUUUCUCACACGUGGCUUCCAUAUAAAUGUGUUUUGCACUUUGCACACACUUUGCACUUGAAGCAUAUCAUGUUUGAAAACGAAGUUAUUAUUUUGGAAUAUUUGACCAGAAGUUCAUCUAUUUUCUUCCGCCAGCUAACACGCCUCCAGACAAGGUAGAACAUACAUCAACUCUGCCGCAGCAUAACUUUGCAGCUCCGGGUGGACACCUGGUCCUCCCGCUGAUUGUCCCUGAGCCAUGGAGGGUCCGUCCUCUCGUUUAUCUGACACCCAAGAUGGACCGCUGUGGCUGGCGGGCAGGAGAGCCUCCGGUGGGGGGGCAGAGUCUGACACUGCCCUGGACACGAAAACACACUUUCGUGUCUGUCGCUUCAUUAUGGAGACAGGAGUGAAGCUGGAAAUGUGCUCUGUGCCCGUGGCUACAGCGUGUGUGUUGUACCACCAUUUCUUUGAGCGUGUCAGCAUGUGUGCAUAUGAACCCUACCUGGUGGCCAUGAGCUGUUUGUACCUGGCUGGCAAAGUGGAAGAGCAGCACAUCAGAACCCGUGACAUCAUCAACGUAAGCCACAGAUAUUUCAACAGUGGCAGCGCUCCUCUAGAAUGUGACAAGGAGUUCUGGGACCUGAGGGACAGCGUGGUGCAGUGUGAGCUUCUCAUCCUCAGGCAGCUCAACUUCCACGUCUCCUUUGAACACCCUCACAAGUAUUUACUCCACUAUCUGUUGUCUGUGAAGUCGCUGGUGAACCGCCACGCAUGGUCUCGAACUCCAGUCGCUGAGACUUCCUGGGCAUUGCUUAGAGACUGUUACCAUGGAGCCAUGUGCAUUCGCCACACACCCCAGCACAUCGCCAUAGCGACGCUGUACCUGGCUCUAAACAGCUAUGGAGUGGAGCUGCCUGUUGGGGAGAAAGAGUGGUGGCAGGUGCUGUGUGAGGACGUGACGAAAGCAGACAUCGAUGCUGUGAUCUCGGACCUUCUCCAGCUCUACGACAUGGAGGCCAAGUGUAUCUGAAGGACGUACCUAGAAGACCUUCACAUGGGAGACACACGAGAGUUGUUUUUGUCUACUGUAUAUGUAUGUUUACGUGUGUGUGUGUGUGUGACAUGAAUGUGUGCGUGCGUAUGGGUAAUUCUCUACAUGUAACUGUCUGGGUUCAGGUGCAUUUGUGUAUUUGUGUCCCUGUUUCUGUGUGAGAGAGAGACAAACACUUUGUGUUGCUCCAAUUGGUCUCUGAGCUGUGACAAAAAUACACCUGCACUGCCAAUUCUUGCCACCCUGGGGAGACAUUUCUUGCUUUCUGAUCUCUGAUCUCUCAGCCCUGCAGAGUACUAAUGUGCUCUGGAAUAUUACCAUCAGUACUAGCUUUCUCUAGAACACAUCCCAGCCCUCAACACUAGUGAUCUUUUCACAUUACACACAUAACAUAUUUUAAUUACAAGGACAUUCUAAGUUCACACACUUGUUACAAGUAAUUCCAUCAAAGAGUCCAGCAAAUUCAUGAAAAAGCAUGGGAAUGUUGACCUCAACUCAGUAUUUAAUUCUAUAUCCUAAAACAUUUCAGCAUUAAGAUAAUGUCAAUAAAUAUUUUCAUGUCAACAAAUAUGUA